CGGUAGACCAGCGUUAAAGGAACUGGCUCCAUUUUAAUCACGCUUCCGUGAGUGCAGCUCGUCAUACAGCUGUUUGUCAGAACUUUCUGCACACAAGCUUUACUGAACUUUACACACACACACACACACACACACACACAGAGUGAGAGAGAGCGAGAGAAAUAGAAAGAGAGAAAAUGGGCAGCACGGCAGCCGACGUGAAGGAGCGCGACUCGUCCAAGAAGAACCCGAAGAAGAAGCGCGCGCUGCGACUCCACAUGCCCGGAGAAGAGCCCAUGAAUACAUCUAAAGGUUUUUCACGGAGAUCUCCACUCCCUCAGCCAUCAAGCCCCAUAUCGGCCCCGGUCCGCAAUUCCCCUAAAGCCAUCUUCCCGUACCACCAGGAAUCGCCUCCUAAAUCCCCCCACCGUCUCAGCUUCAGUGGUAUCUUCCGCUCGCCAUCUAAUCCCUCCAGCAUCAAGAUCUUCUCCAGAACCCGGAAAGUGUCUGGGCCCCUGUCUCCACCCACCACGCCCACUCACAGCUGCAAUCCUCCGCUUUUCUCACCUGAUGAGAGGCGACUGCGCUCGCUCUCGUCUCCACCUGAUACGGGCCUUCAGCGCUUCAGUCUGGCUUCAGCAAGCUCCGCCUCCUCUAGCCCCAGCCCUGUCAGAUAUAGCCCCUCCCCUUUACACAUCAGGUCCGCCUCCCGUCCAGUGUACGGUUCAACUGAAGGCAUGUUGGAGAAACUGGACCUCAGUAAUGACGAGCCGGGCUGUGAUAUCUACACACGCUUUAUGAAGUGCCACAAGUGCUAUGACCUCAUCCCGACCAGCUCAAAGCUAGUCGUCUUCGAUACGACACUACAGGUCAAGAAAGCGUUUUUUGCUUUGGUCGCUAACGGAGUGAGAGCUGCUCCACUGUGGGACACCAAAGAGCAAAGCUUCGUGGGAAUGCUGACCAUCACAGACUUCAUCAGAAUUCUGCACAGAUACUACAGAUCACCUCUCGUGCAGAUAUACGAGCUGGAGGAGCACAAGAUCGAGACAUGGCAAGAACUCUACCUGCAGGAAACGUUCAAGCCCUUGGUGAGCAUUUCACCUGAUGCAAGCAUAUUUGACGCGGUUUAUUCCCUCAUCAAAAAUAAGAUCCACCGUUUACCCGUGAUCGACCCGGUCUCAGGGAACGUCCUCUACAUCCUCACACACAAGCGGAUCCUCAAGUUCCUGCAGCUGUUUGUGUGUGAGAUGCCCAAGCCGGCCUUCAUGAAGCAAAUGCUGAGCGAGCUGGGCAUCGGCACGUACGACAACAUCGCCUUCAUCCAGCCGGACACGCCCAUUAUCAAAGCACUAAGUGUGUUUGUAGACAGGAGAGUGUCAGCGCUGCCCGUCGUCGACAACACCGGAAAAGUCGUGGAUAUUUAUUCCAAAUUUGAUGUCAUAAACCUGGCGGCAGAGAAAACGUACAACAACCUGGACACGAGUGUGACUGAGGCGCUGAAACACCGCUCGCAGUACUUCGAGGGAGUGAUGAAGUGCAGACGACACGAGACCCUGGAGACCAUCGUGGACAGGAUCGUUAAGGCUGAGGUGCACAGGUUAGUGGUGGUGGAUGAAAACUCCAACAUCGAGGGCGUCAUCUCUCUAUCGGACAUCCUCCAGGCUCUGGUUCUCUCCCCUGCAGGCUUAAGCAGGAAGGAGGAUAGAAUGGAAGGCAGAGAGGGCACGUAGCGAGCGUUACACGAGUCUGAGAGAGACGUGGCUUCAACUUGACGUGCUGCGCGGACAGACUUCAUUGUGAUACACUGUGUAAUAUUUGUAACAUUUGUCCUGCUGUACUGUACCCUGCUCUGUUUUACGGGCUCAGUUGCUGCUCCGUUUCACCGUUUCUAAGGACACUACAGGGAGAUCAUCUCGUACGCCACGUGGGUCGAGUCGUCUAAGGCGGAAACCUGCUGAAUUUUAAGGUGGAAACCUGUUGAAUUUUAAGGUGGAAACCUGUUGAAAUUUAAGGUGGAAACAUCACCAGCGUUUCAUUUUCCGGACAUCUUAAGUUGCUUUUUAAGCAUUUUUUUUGUAUGCAAAAAUCAUUAGCUGGACGUCUUUUAGCUGAUGUACCUACCAUAACCAUGACAACGCUGGUACGUGUGCCUUCUGAUUGGACAGGCUAAUCAACUAACCCAUCGAUAUAGAUUUGUAACUCGAAAGAAUCGAAAUCGUCCUAUUUCGUUUGUCAACACAUCUGACCUAUCGUAAAUCUAGACUAAUUUACACGUGGGUUUUUUUUUCUUUUCUUCCAGGACUCUGUCCUCUGUGUUGGUUUUUCUUGCUCGAUCCAUGAGCUGUGACCUGAUUGGUCAGGAAAUUAAAAAGAGGUGUAAUGCAGCUGCUUUUAUUUAAAAAAAACAAACAAACAAACAAACAAACAAACAAACAAAAAACGUGAAAACAGGGGUCCAACCCGCCCCACCAAAAAAAAAAAACCAUGGAGGACAAGUGCUGGUGAAAAACGAGCGAAUAGACGUUUCAACUGUACGACAUUUUCAACUGGAAAUAUCUUAUUGCCGACGUUCGAACGUUUUGCUCGGAGCUCGGUUGCAAGUCACACAACUUAAGCUGUCUGAGAGUUUUUGCUAAAAAAUCUGCUGUGCCUUUAACGUAUAAAGACAAUUGAAUGUAUGAAAUCCUUUAUCUUGCUCUUAAUGCCACGCUGAUAAUCAGACAAUCCGAUCUACCGUGACAAUCAAGCUGCACAAUACUAUUAUAAUGGACACUUUAAAAUGCAAAAAUCCCAUAAUAAUUCUGUUAAGAGUUUUAUUUUUAUUUUGUAUAGAUGUUUGAAACAUUCCUGCUGAAAAAAUUAUUAUAAACCUUAGGAAAAUUCUCUAAAUGGUUUCCAGUGCAUGACAGGAAUGAGCUUAAUGGUUUCCAACAUACUCCUCAAGAUUUCCAUUAAGGAGUUUCUGGUUGCUAUUAACAUCUCCAGGUGCUGUGUUUCAUGGUCUUGAUGUGUGCCAUGAGAAACUAUUAGGAACGACGCAUUCCAUUAAACAGACCAUCAGAAAUACAUUAAAGCUUAUUAGGAAUCAGUGAAAAUCGAUCUUGAUUGGGGUUUUUAAAAAGAUUUUUGAUGAUGUUUAGGUUGAAUAAGAUUUUCAGAUGAGUAAAGUUUUAAUAUUUAAUACAGUAUUGCGAUUCCGACAUGAACCAUGAUCAAAUUUGAAGUUAUUUUUGUCUGAUAUAUGGAGGUUUUGUUAGUUUCCUGUCCAUCAUUUUCCCCCACAACUACAUUUUAUAUAUAUAUAUAUGAGCUUUAUUUUGUAUAUGCUGAUUGUUUUUCAGAUUUUUUUUAACCAAAACUGUACAAACGUACACAGUGUUCUCUUUUUUUUUAGUCAAAUAAUAAAAGUUAGAUAAAUAAUCCAAAAACAAAGAAUAACACACGCACAUCUUUACAACGUUACAACGGUUACAGAGAAGAUUUUGGGUGAGAAGGACUCGAUUACAUUCACAUAAAAGAGGAAAUGGUGUGGAUUUCGUUUUAUUUUGAUACGUUUCUAUUUUUAAAAAUGCUGCGUUGUUCAGUUCUGUUGUUUUGUGCGUGGGAAAUAGAUGCAUAUGUAAAUUUAUGCAAAUGUCAAGGUUUUUUUUGUGAUGUCUGGUUUCUGGUGAAACAGAAUGAGAAAAAUGUUCGAGUCGUUUUCAUGCACAUGGACGACGACACUAAUGUCAAUGUAAAUGUUUUUUUUUUUUAUGAAGUAUUAACUUCAAAUACACGCACACUGCCUUCA